CACCCAAUGGCGACCGUGAGACCCGUGGCAAACGUGUACAGCACGAGCAACAAGAAGGUCGUUGGCGAGGUGGAAAUCCCGGCGGUGUUUCAAACUCCCAUAAGAAAUGAUCUCAUACAGGAAGUUUUCAAGAAUGUAUCGAAGAACAGGAGACACCCAUACGCAGUCAAAUUAGGAGCGGGGUAUGAAACAUCAGCUGAGUCAUGGGGAACAGGUAGAGCAGUAGCAAGGAUACCGAGAGUACCAGGAGGAGGAACACAUAGAGCAGGACAAGGAGCAUUUGGUAAUAUGUGCAGAGGUGGAGGUAUGUUUAACCCAACAAAAAUAUGGAGAAGAUGGGGAAGGAAAGUAAACCUUAAAGAAAAGCGUUACGCAGUUUGCUCAUCCAUUGCAGCUAGUGGGGUGACUUCAUUAGUCCUAGCGAGAGGACAUCGUAUUUCGAACAUCAAGGAAGUCCCACUAGUAGUUAGCAACGAUAUAGAAUCUAUUAGCAAAACGAAAGAAGCUCUCAAGUUUUUAAUUACACUAGGAUUGAAAGAAGAAGUGAACAGAUUAAUUAAGUCAAAAAAAAUCAGAGCUGGAAAAGGAAAAAUGAGAAAUAGAAAAUAUCGAAUGAGAAACGGUCCACUCAUUAUAUACAACAAGGAUUCAGGAGUUAAAAAAGCUUUCAGAAAUAUUCCUGGAGUUGAUUUAUGUAAAGUUAGCAAACUCAACUUGCUUAAGUUAGCUCCUGGUGGAUCCAUUGGUAGGCUGUGCAUAUGGAGUGAGAGUGCAUUUAAAAAAUUGGACAUAAUUUAUGGUAGGAUCUACAAGAAGAAAAUUACAAAAAAGAAUUACAUUUUACCCAAGUCGAUUAUGGCGAACUCUGAUAUUUAUCGUAUCAUUAGCAGCGAACAAGUACAAGGAACCCUGUUGGCUAGGAAGAGACCUUGCAAGAAGAGAUUACAGAACAAAAAUUCUCUCACAAAUUUUGCCGUUAGGUGUAGACUGAAUCCAGCGUAUAAGCUCCUCAGAUCUAUUGCCAUCAGGAGAAUGAAGAAAAGGUUGGUGGAGAAGAAGAACAACAAAAAGGAACUCCGAGUGAAGAAGAAAAUCGAGAAGAAGGACCUGCAGAAGGUUAACCACGCCUACUACACUAGCAUUGCCAACUCCAUGAAACGCAAGAAGAAGAAGGAGGAGAAGAAGGCCAAGUCGAAGAAGGACGCCGACAAGGCCCUCCUACCCACGGCAGGCGAUGAGUGA